AUGAAUCAUUGAUUAACACCUCAGUGCCAUUUGGUAAUAAUAAAAUACAUUUAUUCAUUUUAGAGUCAUUUCAGUAUAGAUUUUCUAAUGUACGAUUUGACUUGAAUGCACCAUAUUAUCAACCGCGGCCGUAACUCCAGAUGUAGAGGCGCAAAUAAUAGGGAAGCGAUUAGCUAUGGGGGUAACUGAGCUCGGCACAACACCUGUAGUUUGACGCUUGUAGCUAGCUCGUAGCUCCGGGUGAAUCAGCGGUAAACGGAACUAAAAGAACCCGUUAAACCCAGUUUGGGGUUUUGCUUCCGAGGAGCGACUUUUCCCGGUGUUACCUCAACAAGCAGGCGCGCCAUGACGGUCCGCUUCAAGAGUCAGAGUGAGUACCAGAAGAGCUACGGUGUCCCUCGCUCCAGAAGCGUGUCGCCUCAGCGCUGCCGCCCGCUGGCCGGACUCCGCCCUGAUCAGAACCGCAUCAGCAGACCUCUGGGUCUCCAACGACUGAAGAGACCCGGUCCAUCUGGUGCGGCUGAGUCCGGUAACUUCCUGCCUGGUUCUCCAGCAGAUCCAGUUUGCAGAACAGCGCCCUCUACUGGCAGAAAAGAUUCUCCAGUUUCUAAACCACCAAAUGUUUCUGGAUCGGAACCAGAACCUGGAUCCAGACCAGUAGCUGAUGGAAAAUCUGUGAAGCUCCGCCCCUUUGAGCCCGGCGGACCUGCAGAACCGGAGCAGCAGCCCGGAAACCAGGUCGACAAGGCGUGGGGUCAGAGGUCAGAGUACCACAGGCAGUUUGGCUGGAAGAAGCCUGUAUCUGCAGCGUCGCCAUUACUGACAGCAGAGCAGGUGUUGCACUCCAGCAGCAGGUCCAUCCCGCCCUUUAAGAAGAACCCCGUUCCCAUGGAAACGGAGUACCGCCGAAGCUUCCAGGGUCUGGCCCCGCCUUCCGGUCUGCGCCUUCGGAGAAAUCAUGGACAUCCGGUGUUUCACACAUACAGAACUCAUAGAAGGAAAAGUUUGGACGGACAGAGUAACGAACUUCCUGUCAAACAGGAAACCGCUCAGGGCGACGGUGGGUCCCGGUUGCCCCUGACGACGGCCCUUCCGCCCGCUCAGGUGCGGAGGAGACACAGGAACCCAAAAGGGGGCGGAGCCACGGACGACCUCACCGAGCAGGUGAAGGAGCGCAGGCAGCAGGCCCAGGCGUACCGACGCAGAGCCUGGGGAACCAACUUCUCCAGGGACCAUCUGAGCCAGCUGCUGUCUGAACACAACGCUCUGUGGGAGCCCACCGACUCCCACUCCGACCCCGCCACCCCACCACCCCACCGUGACCUUUCACCUGAGCCGGACAGCCGCAGCGCUUCCUGCGUAGAAGCCCUGGACCUGGCCAGUAUGUCCAGUAGGAGGUCGUCAGUCAGUGGAGGAAAAACUCAGAGAAUCGCUGGGAGGGAAACGCCUCCAGGACCUGGAGCUGAGCGCCACACAGCCUGGGCAGAAGAAGAAGAAGAGACGGAGGAAGAGGAGGGAAGGUUACCGACUCCCAGACUGAAAACGAGGCCGGUUCAGAGGACCCACCACGACCUGACCACACCUGCCACAGGGGGAGCUAUACUUGUUGGAAAACCGACCAACAAGGACGAUUCUUCUCCUAUCAAACAAAAACAGAAAUUCACUUCACCAGAAUUUGGGUCAGAGGUCGGCGUCAACAAGCCGGUUAAACUGAAGGAGGCGUGGCCAGAGAACACCCCCAUGUCUUUAAAUCCCCCUCCUACCAACAAACAGACCUCCAGCCCCCAGCCUCAACCAAUCAGGGCGAAGCAGGCGCCUCCUUCUCCAGUAGCCCCGCCCCCUCUGGACUCCCCGCCGCAGUAUGGGAUCCAGGGAAUGCUGAGACACCCGGACUUCCAGCACAACGGUGAUUUGGGUUUGAGGUUCAGGGAGCUGCCAUGUUCCAGAGGAGGCUGCGGUUCUGAUGAAGACGACCGGCUGUCAGUGAUGUCAUGGCGCUCGGCGGCUUCGUGCUCGGCAGCGUCCGCCGUCCUGGAGCGCGCUCAGAAGAGACGGGACGACUUCUGGGGAAAGAGAUGACGUCGUAAACUCAAACGUUGUAGACAGUAGAGAUCUGUAUUUUUGUAGCAGAUGUAAAUAAUGUUUAAUUGUUUUUAUCUCAAAUGAACAUGAUCAGUUUUUAAGUGGAAGACAGCUGGACUUGUGGCUGUUUAGUUUGUGUAAAACUGCUUCCUGUCUUGGUGCGACUCGGUUGCAGGAACCGGACCAGAGCAAACUGGAGCCGUUUGUUUAUAGUGAGAAUGUAAACCAGUUUGGUAGUAACUACACUGCAAAAGCACAAAACAUUACCAAGUAGUUGUUGUCUAGUUUCUAGUAUAAAUAUCUUAGUACACUUAAAAUAAAACUAACUUAUAAGUAACUUAUAGGAGCUUAAGUCAAUAAUUCCUUAAUAUUGAUGAAAAAAUGCUGGUUGGCUGAUUAUUUCACUUAUAACCUGGGAAAAUGUCUUGUUACAAUAAGUGAAAUAAUCUGUCAUAAAUUAAAUAUAAUAAUAAUAAUAAUUGUAUUUGAAAGUUAGUUUUAUCUUUUUAGAAAUAUUUUCUUUUUCUUUCUUCUCCCCUCCAGGGGGUCUUUUUGUGGCUCUAGUGUCCCUUAUAUGACAGCAGGCUGACAGGAAGGGGGGAGGGAGAGGGGGAAGGACAUGCGGCAAAUGUCGGUCGGGUCCGGGAAUCGAACCCGCGACGGCCGAGUCGAGGACUCAAGGCCUCCAAAUGUGGGUCACGCUGUCCCCUACGCCACCACAGCACGCCCCUCUGUUUGGAAAUAUUUAGAAACUUGACCAAAGUUACUUGGUAAGAUUUUUGCAGUGUACUAACAUUUACUUGAGUAACGUUUUGGAAAAAAAUACUUUUAGGAGUGUUUUUAUAUCUUAUCAUGAAAUAUCUCCACUUUCAAUGAGUAAAAUUAUCUGUAAAUUCACUGAAUGAAAAACAAACUGGUUUUAAUCAAACAUUCUCCAAAUACAGACAAACAUGCAGCUUUUCUUAAAUCACAAGAAUUUGAUUUGGAGAGAAAUUCAUUUGUCUGAUUUUGUUAUUAUGCAUUUUAUAUGAACUAUUUUCAUUAUUUUGACCAUUUGAAAUCCCAGAAUGUCCACAUAAUUAAUGCUUUAAUCAUUUAAUGUGAUUUAAAAAGUAAAAAAAACCUUUUUUAUUCAUUUGAGUCAUGUCAUGGACAGCUACUUUUUACUUGAGUAAAAACAUGUUGCAGUAACACAACCAGUGAACUCAGCUGAUUUGAACCAAAAGGUGUGAAAACAACAGAAAGUAUUUAUGAAUGUGAUAAAUUUAUUUAACAAUUUGUUUAAAUUAUUCAAUUUCUUCUAUUUUGUAGAUUUGCAGAUUUGUCUCUCGUUUCCUGAUAAUUCUUUGUAACAAUUUUAUUUUCCGUUCAGUUUAAUUGAUUGUAAUGUAUCGGGCAAAUUGUAGUGCAAAAUUGUAAAGCUGAAGGAAAAUUACUCAAUUAAAUUAUUUCUUUUAUCAA